AGACCCAAGUCAAAUGUGUGUGUGAACCAAGCAGCCUUAAGGCCUUCCUUAGCCCCCUCCUCUCUUCUCCAUUUCUUUCUUCCGUCUCUCAGAGACUCCGACAGUUUCACUUGCUCCUACAGUCACAGACUACCCUGUUCGGCAGCGCCACCCAAUCUUCGGGCCUUGUUUUUGGCUCUGGAAAGGCCAAAAAGCCAUAAAAUUGUGUUCUUAACAGAGCCUUCUGUUUGGUCCGUGGGAUUUGAGGGUUACAUUUUUCAAAGAGAAGGAUGGGGAGAAUGAUACUGAAUAAUGCAUUGCGAACAAUAGUGAAUGCGGAGAGAAGGGGGAAAGCUACGGUGGAGUUGCAACCUAUCUCCACAGUCAUGUCCUCUUUCCUCAAAAUCAUGAAAAAUCGAGGUUAUAUCAAGGAUUUUCAAGUUUUUGAUCCACAUAGAGUGGGGAAGAUAACAGUUCAACUACAAGGCAGGGUUAAUGAUUGUAGAGCUCUUACUUACAGACAGGAUGUCAAGGCAAGGGAUAUUGAAGAGUACAAAAUGCAAAAGCUUCCAACCCGCCAGUGGGGUUAUGUUGUGAUUACUACUCCCGAAGGGGUGCUGGAUCACGAAGAGGCUGUUAAACGUAAUGUGGGGGGGCAGGUUCUUGGCUAUUUUCAUUAACAUCUUGUGGAUGGGAAGAGAGAAUUGUUCUCCUAUAUGAUGACAUCCUGACUUCCCCAAUUAGAAUUUGUUGUUUUGUUUACCACAAAAUCAACUUAUGUGAAUC